CUAAAGGUGAAUCUAAGUAGGGCAAUUUUAGUUCAUUGCUUGGUGUUUGAAAUGAAGGACAAGGAAAAAACGACAACAGACAGUUUGCCCGAAAAGAAAUUGGAUGAGAAUUACAUAUACGGAAAGUGGGGUCCAUAUCAGGUUGUUCAGGCAGCUAUAUGUUUCUUCAAUAUAUGGCCAACAGGAUUUCAACUGUUGAUAGGAGUUUUCAUUGGUUACCGACCAGCUUUUCAAUGUGCAAUUCCCGAGACAGACAGCAAGGAUGUAAAAAACGAUUCGAUUUACAUAAUUUACGACAAAUGUCACAUCAAAACAUUUCUUAACAACACAAACCAAGGGAGACCUUACCUGAUAAACCAGACAGCGUGUAUUCAUGGAUUUCAGUACAGUCUAGAAAAACACAGUACAAUUGUGACAGAGAUGGACCUAGUUUGCGAUCACGCUCCACUAGCUGAACUUGUGCAAACUUUAGUAAUGGCAGGACAAAUGGUUGGGGCAGCCAUAGCAUCUUCGCUCGCAGACAAAUUGGGAAGGAAGACCAUUCUUCUUGUCUCUCAUCUUCUGACAAUGGCUUUUGGUUUUGGUGUUGCCUUUUCACCAAACUACACAACCCUGGCGAUUUUAAAAUUUAUUCUCGGAGUUUUGCAACAGGGAAUGGUAAUGCCAAAUGCUGUGUUAGGAAUAGAAUUGUUCCCGGAAAGAACCCGCUUCUACUGCGAGGCAUUAGGUUUGUUUUUCUGGACAACAGGGUUGGUUAUCAUGGCUCCCAUUGCCUAUCUUUUGAGAGACUACAGUUGGAGAUAUCUUCAAAUAGCCCUGACCUGCUUUUCUCUGUUUAGUCUGGUUCAGUUUUGGGUUCAAGAUGAAUCUUUAAGAUGGCUUGUAGCAAAUGGGAAAAAGAAGGAGGCUGACAAAGUAAUACGAAAAGUGGCAAAAUGGAAUAAACUAAGUUAUGAGGAAUUGAGGAAGAUGGUGGAGAGAAAAAUGGCGCGUACCAAAACGGUCCCUGAACAACAGACAGAUUGUGAGAAAAAUGUUCAACACAGCCAGGAGUACGAUUCGCCUUUGCUUGAGAAAUACUCGAUCAUAACAAUUUUGCGGAAUAAAACCGUUCUUGCAAUAUCGCUGAUUAUGUGGUUUACAUGGGUUACCAACACACUCACCUAUUUCGGAUUAACUCUAACGUCGACAAAACUAGCGGGAGAUCGCUACCUAAAUUUCUUCUUAUCCUCUUUUGUUGAAUAUAUUGCUGUUAUUCUUGAAUAUAUUAUGCUUCGUUGCCUUGGUAGAAGAAGUAUUACAGUCGUUUUCCACGCCAUAUGUGGAGCUUCCUUAGCUUCAGCUACCUUAUUGAAUCACUUUGCAGGCAGUAACAGUGCACUUCAGAUGUUAUCAGUGGUAACAACAUUCAUUGGGAAAAUGGCAAUAACAGGGUCUUUUAGCACUCUUUUCUUAUAUACACCCGAGCUCUAUCCAACAAAUCUGAGGAACGUUGGCAUUGGGUUUUCUUCAGCCUUUUCAAGAAUUGGUGCGAUAUUAUCGCCGUUUGCUGGAACGUUGGCUGAAGCAAUACCUUGGGCUCCAGGAACAAUAUUUUCUGCGAUGUGUUUCACAGUGACAUUACUUAUUUUAUGUGUACCUGAAACACGUGGUUCUGAGCUUCCCCAGUCUUUGAAAGAAGUAAAAUUGUGGUACACCGAAAAUAGUGGCAUUCGCAAACGAAACAAAACAAUGAACACGAAGCUUUGAGAAACUUCGAUAUUUUAAGUGCCAUACCAUUGACUGAGGCUACUUUUUAAAACACAAGGAUCACUACGUAUUUUUGACGGAAACACAAGCUUUCUUUAAAGUAGGAAAAUUCUUAUUGUAGUAAAUGGUUGGAAUUUUUUUUUCUUCAGAAAAAAGUUCCUGACAUAAACUUAAUUUCACAUA